AUGCGGUACAACGAAUCAAAACUCCUCGACGGCCCUCAAAACCUUGACGAGGCUGCACAAGUCAUUCAGCAUCAUACAGAAAAAGUUGCCCGGCACGGCAACCAGAUGGCACAAGAGUACAACAAAUAUGCCGAGGAAUUGAGGGAUACUAAAAUGACGGCGGAGGAACUGGAAAGCAAGUUGAAACAAAAGGCCCAGGAGAUAAAGGACAACAUAAAUCAGCAGAUUGAUGGCUUUACGGAAUGGUUGAUAAAAAAAUCGGUUCGCAUUGUUGAAGUGCUCCACUUGAACCAAUCUGAGAUUGCGAAGCUAGGGAACUAUGCUGAACAGGCGCAGGGUUGGACUGAGCGCAUAUUUAAACGAGUACUCAACUUCAUCAAAUGGGUCUUCGAAAAGAUUAAUGAAGGGAUUACUGCAGUAUGGGAGGCAACCAAGUGGGUCGUACAGAAGGUGCAAGAUUUUGUGGAGGAUGCUAUCUGCAAGAUUCGACAAAUUUUCCAGACCCCGGAGGCAUCAAGGCACGGCGAAGAGGUCUGGCUACUUUGUCAAGCUUCUCUAAAGUCGUAG